CCAACAUGAGCAAGAGCGGGGCUCGGUUGACCUCCACGCUGCCGCCGGAAACCUUAGACAUCAUCCGGGCCAAAACCCAGACCCGCCGGGUGCGGCUCAACGUCGGGGGGCUUCUGCACGAAGUCCUCUGGAGGACGCUGGACCGGCUGCCCCGCACCAGACUGGGCAAACUGAGGGACUGCAACACCCACGAGUCCAUCAUGGAGAUAUGCGACGACUACAUCUUGGACAGCAACGAGUUCUUCUUCGACAGACACCCGGGCGCCUUCACCUCCAUCCUGAACUUCUACCGCACCGGGAAGUUGCACAUGAUGGAGGAGAUGUGCGCCCUGUCCUUCAGCCAGGAGCUGGACUUCUGGGGGAUCGACGAGAUCUACUUGGAGUCCUGCUGCCAGGCCAGGUACCACCAGAAGAAGGAGCAGAUGAACGAGGAGCUGAAAAGAGAGGCCGAGAACAUGAGGGAGCGCGAGGGAGAGGAGUUUACGACCACAUGCUGCUCCGACAAGAGGAGGAAACUCUGGGACCUCCUGGAGAAGCCGAGCUCAUCGUUCGCUGCUAAGAUCCUUGCGAUCAUCUCCAUUCUUUUCAUCGUGCUGUCCACCAUCGCCUUGUCUCUGAACACCCUCCCUGAGCUGCAGGACACAGAUGAGUUUGGCCAGCCCACAGACAACCCACAGCUGGCGCACGUGGAGGCUGUGUGCAUCGCCUGGUUCACCAUGGAGUACCUGCUCCGCUUUCUGUCCUCCCCUAACAAAUGGAAGUUCUUUAAGGGACCUCUAAACAUCAUCGACCUGUUGGCCAUACUGCCCUACUACGUCACCAUCUUCCUGACUGAAUCCAACAAGAGCGUGCUGCAGUUUCAGAACGUCCGCCGCGUGGUUCAGAUCUUCAGGAUCAUGAGGAUUCUGCGGAUUCUGAAGCUGGCUCGUCACUCCACAGGCCUGCAGUCUCUGGGCUUCACCCUUAGGAGGAGCUACAACGAACUGGGACUGCUUAUCCUCUUCUUGGCCAUGGGGAUCAUGAUAUUCUCAAGUCUAGUUUUCUUUGCUGAGAAGGAUGAAGAAGACACCAAGUUCAAGAGCAUCCCUGCCUCCUUCUGGUGGGCCACCAUAACCAUGACUACGGUAGGUUAUGGAGAUAUUUACCCCAAGACUCUGUUGGGGAAAAUAGUGGGAGGUUUGUGCUGCAUCGCAGGAGUACUGGUCAUAGCUUUACCUAUCCCCAUCAUUGUGAAUAACUUCUCCGAGUUCUACAAAGAGCAAAAGAGGCAGGAGAAAGCCAUCAAAAGGCGAGAAGCUCUGGAGAGGGCCAAAAGAAACGGUAGCAUCGUCUCUAUGAACCUUAAAGACGCAUUUGGUCGGGGUGUGGAGCUCAUGGAUGUAAUGGUGGAAAAAAAUGAUGAAAUGAGGGAAAAGGUGCACGAUAAUCACCUGUCUCCAAACAGAGGGACACCCAAAAUCAAAUCACCAACCAGUCCCAGCAAGACCACUGAGUCAAACUACCAGGAGAAGGCCAAGCCCUCCAGCAGCCCUCAGCAUCUCAGCGCACAGAACCUUGAAGAGGUGUACAACAAGAUGACCAAGACACAGUCACAACCCGACAUCGAUGGCAAGGAAAAGACGCUGCACCCCAAAACAGGCAAACAGAAAAGUGAAUUUGAGAUGGGUAGCAUCCAUAAUGACGCCUACUCAGGCACCGCAGAGGCGGUGACAGACAUGAAGAGCAUGUCCAGCAUCGACAGCUUCAUCAGCUGCGCCACAGACUUUCCUGAGAGCUCGCGUUUUUCCCAGAGCCCCGGCAGCAACAAGCCGGGAAGGGUCAGUGCCAACCCGGGCCUGGAGCCCACUCUGGAAAAUGAGCAUGAAGGAUCACAUGGCAACGCUACGCCCAAACUGAAUCCAAAUUCUGACAACACGCAUCUUAAGAAUCCACUCAAGAGCCGCCCAGCUAAGGUCAGAGGUGGUGAGGACUCACGGAAAGGAGUUUGCUCAGACAGCUCGUCAGUCCAGAGCCCUGCGACGUCCGCCUACACCACAGCCAGCAGCAGGACGCCCAGCAAGAGCCCAGAGAAUCUACUGCCCAACAUCUUCACGUUCCACGACUCAUCCAUCAAUAAGUUCAUCGACGCUGACACGGAUGAGGAAGAACAUCUGCACGACGGGUCCAGAACCAACGCAGCACAAAGACACUUGGAGAAAGCCAGUCCGAGGUAUGGCCAUAUCUCCAGCUUUCAGCAGGGCCCCAACCACACGGGAGGCCUCUCAAAGAAGCUGGGGAACAACACGCUGCCGUCAGAGGGGCGGGGGAACCACAUGUCUCAGGAGCCGCAGCCACUUCAGGGAGACGCAAGUCAUUCCAACAACUAAAAAUAUGAAAAAGAAACGGAUCGUCAGGAGUACAGAAAGCAGAAGAGGAGACAGCCUUUCCUAAAAUACACACAAAACACUGAGAACUGCAGGAA